UAGUAUAGUAUAGUAUAGUGGAGUGGAGUGGAGUGGAGGAGUGGAGCAGCGCUGGGAGAGAGAGAGCGAGAGCGCGCGGCGGGUCGGAGUGCGGUUCCACGUGCGCUGCGCGGAUGCUGAAUCGUGGCUGUGUGAAGAACAACAACAACAACAACAACAACAGCAGCAGCUUUAAGGCUUUAGUCUGCAGGCAUGUCCAAUCCGGCUCACGACCCGUUCUACGCCUCUCCGUUCGGGCCCUUCUACCGGAGACACGCGCCGUACGCCGUGCAGCCCGAGUACCGGAUCUAUGAGCUGAAUAAGCGGCUGCAGGCCCGGACUGAGGAGAGCGACAAUCUGUGGUGGGAUGCUUUCGCUACUGAGUUCUUUGAGGAAGAUGCCACGCUGACCCUCUCCUUCUGCCUCGAGGAUGGACCAAAGAGAUACACAAUCGGCCGGACCCUGAUCCCUCGCUACUUCAGCACGGUGUUUGAGGGAGGAGUGACAGAUCUCUACUACAUCCUCAAACACUCCAAAGAGUCGUUCCACAACUCCUGCAUCACUGUGGACUGCGACCAGUGCACCAUGGUCACGCAACACGGCAAGCCCAUGUUUACCAAGGUGUGUACAGAGGGACGUCUGAUCCUGGAGUUUGCCUUCGAUGACCUGAUGCGGAUCAAGACGUGGCACUUCACCAUCAGGCAGUACCGCGAGCUCAUCCCACGCAGCGUCCUCGCCAUGCACGCUCAAGACCCUCAGGUUCUGGAGCAGCUCUCCAAAAACAUCACCCGAAUGGGUCUGACUAACUUCACACUCAACUACCUCAGGCUGUGUGUGAUCCUAGAGCCCAUGCAGGAGCUCAUGUCCAGACAUAAGACAUACAGCCUCAGCCCCAGAGACUGUCUGAAGACGUGCCUGUUUCAGAAAUGGCAGCGCAUGGUGGCACCUCCAGCAGGACAUCCACAGAACUUCAAAACGGAAAUCUUCCCCACAAAUCACAAGAAAGAGCCUACUCGACAGACCACAACAAAGAGGAGGAAGAGGAAGAACUCGGCCAGCAGCGCGUCUAACAGCAGCCUCGGUAACAGCACAGGCAGCAAGAAACGCAGUCCAGCCAACAACUUCAGCCUGAGCAGCCAGGUACCUGACGUGAUGGUAGUGGGAGAGCCCACUCUGAUGGGCGGCGAGUUUGGCGAUGAGGACGAGCGGCUGAUCACGCGGCUGGAGAACACGCAGUACGACGCCACCAACGGCCUCGACGACGACGACGACUUCACCAGCUCGCCGGCGCUCACCAACAGCAGCCCCUGGGCUAAAGCGCCGCCACCAGGCCAGGACAGCAAAACCGAAAGCACGGCCUCACAGGCCUCACAGUAACCAGACACAGCUCUAUGUUUCUCUCACACACUCCCUCUUUCUCUCGUUGACUUUACUUUCAUCCCUGAUGAUGUAAUUCCCAUCUCAUGGCCUCCAUGGUGUCCAUUUUUCACCACAGACUUUGACAUGUCCAGUGAUACACAGCACUGAGGAGCUGAACAGGCCUGACGAGGGAGAUGGAUAUUUCAGAAGAAGAUUGUUGCGUGUGAGAUGUUCAGCUGAUAAACUAAAGGUGGUCACUGAGGUAGCAAUACAUGUCCACGGCGACUCGUGUCUGGACAAGAACCAAUCAGUGAAGAGAUAACUGUGGUUGGAUGGUCCAUCAUUGGAAAGCCACUGAGAUCCGAUGCACAUUUGUAUUUGCAUUUAUUUCAAUUUGCUUUUCUUAGUUUCGAGCAUUUUUUUUUCCAGUAAAACAAACCGGCUAAGUCCUAAAUCACAUCCUUUUACAUGCUAGUAUGCGACUUAGGACGUAUCCACUGCUUCUGAAAAAGACCAACGUUGCUGAGGGAAGGACACGUUUCUCUAGCUGUAUAAUUUACACCUGUAAUUUUACCCAAAAGCUAUUUUGUUUUCUGGGUUUAAAUGUGUUAUUUUUAAGGAUAUGUGAAUAUUCUGUGAUCUCCUUGUACAAUCUCUGAUUGAAGGCACAUACAACGAACAUAUUCCCUCUGUAUCCCUUUAACAAACCUCUUACCAGUCUGGACUGUAACUUGUUACUGCAUGAUAUUUUGAAACCUGUAAACUGUUUUUUGUUUAUUCCUCGGUCCAAGGCCAUGUUGUGUUCAGUUGAUCAGCUUAGAAACACCUACAGGGUCGUUCCUCUGUACAUAUGGACGCAGUCCGCUCUGGUGCAGCCCAUCGAAGACCACCGAUCCUCAUCCAUGAUGGCAGCUCUUCUGAUUGACCUUCAGUUGAUACCAUUUUUUUCUCACUAAUUUGCACCUGAAUGAGAAAAGUAAGAACGCAAAUUUGAGAUUAGCUAACACAUGCACGGGACACGGAUAUACACUCACUGGGUAUUUUAAAAGAGAACUGCAGUCAUUUUUAAACUUGCUUUAUUUCUUAAUUAACGUGUUAUUCAAUUACGUUUUCGGUUUUAGUAACCUUAUAUCCUGACUCGUAUUGGCAACUAAUUGCAAAUAAAUAUUAUACUUAGCGGCCUGUUCGGUUUUUAGCCGUGUUGAAUUUAGUUCGUUUGGUCCACGGCAGGCGUCGCUUAUCCGCACGAUCUUCAUGAGACUUUGAAGUGUCAAGUGUCAGUGCCGCCAUUUUGAAAACUGUUUUCCAAACGAAGUAUUGCACAAAAAUGAGUUUAAAUGACGAUUACUGCCUACUUUUUUCAAACUUUCCUGAUUGCUAUCAAAACAAUUACGUCAGCAUUCGAAAGAGGGCGCGAGCGUCUUUUGACAACGUCGGCAGAAUACGGUCGCUUUGAUUUCCACUGUGCGUUUCACUUCCGUCCUACGAUGUCUCGCACAGGUCUCGACGAAUCUCAUUUACGGCCAUCGCUUUGACACAUGGACUGAUAUAUUACAGAACAUAUUUCAAACACUCAUAACUUGCUAUAGCAGCGACAAAAUAGCGAUCAAAAAGGCAUACGUACAUUUAAUAAAAUGAGAAAUAGAAUUUCAUCUCAUCUCAUCUCAUCAUCUCUAGCCGCUUUAUCCUUCUACAGGGUCGCAGGCAAGCUGGAGCCUAUCCCAGCUGACUACGGGCAAAAGGCGGGGUACACUUUCAGUCAAUUUAGAGUCACCAGUUAACCUAACCUGCAUGUCUUUGGACUGUGGGGGAAACCGGAGCACCCGGAGGAAACCCACGCGGACAACAUGCAAACUCCGCACAGAAAGGCCCUCGCCGGCCCCGGGGCUCGAACCCAGGACCUUCUUGCUGUGAGGCGACGGCGCUAACCACUACACCACCGUGCCGCCGAAAUAGAAUUUUGAUAAUAAAAAAAAUUUGCCUUCAGUUCUUCACUGAACUUCAUUUGCCUUCAGAAUCUGGUAAUUCAUCAACCUGAUUUUUGAUGGCUUGACCAUACGAUGUUCGUACGUACAAAGGACGAACGUGUAGCACCACAGGGAACCUGAUCAUACCGUAAGUGCAAGGCAACAUACCUUAUAAACACUUGACCACCGGACAACGAAAUUUUAUCUUUAUUUACAGAAGAUAGUUGGGUUUUAUCCAGUGCUUAUUUUCAAUUUGCUUUUUAGCUCACCGACUGUAAGCGUUGAGCUACUGCCAUCACGCUGCGUCCAUCGUUCGUCCGUCCAUCUGUCCACAAUUCACAAAAAUUGCUUUAUCCUUCCUGAGUUUUCAACGGAGUUUGAUUCUGAUUGUUUUGUUUGGAAGAUCUAAACAGUGUGUACAAAAGUUACUCCUUGGUUUUAUGACCUCUCAUUAGCAAGUUGCUAAUUAGGCCGAUUAACGAACUUUCAGGAGAAUUGCUACUCCUUCCUGAGUUUUCAGCCCACUGGCUGUAGGCAAUGAGCUAUUGCCAUCAUGCGGCGUGAUACAUUUUGUUUGGAAGAUCUAAUCAUUCUGCACAAUAGUUACUCCCUGGUUUUGUGAUUGGUACAGCGACUGCGUCGCUGACGCUCUGGUUAAAAAAUAACGUGGGCUUAUUUACUCACAUGGAAAAUAUUCACAACAGUUUCAUAUAAAACGAGUUAAAAGAGUUUUAUUAGUCCACUAGCUUGCUGGACAAUCGAUAGUUUUGCUGUGAUUGAGCUCUGAUCAGUAAAAGGUGCAUGCUAAUUAGUCCGAAUGGCGCGCGUGCGUUUUGCAGUUUGCAGCUGCACACAACACACGUGGAUGUGACAGUUAUAACCAGACAACUGUUCAACAUAUAAAGUUUGAUAUUGGAUGGUAACUCUAUAGUAAUGAUGUCAAAUGAAAGUGCUGGUUCACUGCUGUCCGCCAGGCACCCAGCAAAGUCACAGCAGAAUAAAUGUCGUGGUGUUGUUUCUGGCGCAUGGCAUGCGGUGUCAAAGAAAGGAAUAAAUAUGUAUCGUAACUGCAAUGCGUAUCUCAUUAUUGGUCUCACUGUCACAAGACAAAGCAGUGAUUUACUGACAUGAAAUACACGACACGACACAAUUCCAUGGUGCUAUAAUAUUAUUACUCUAUUCAGGUUGAUUUUGUGCCCUUGCAAAUAUUUUGCUCAUACGCUCAUCUGGAGCUCCGCUUUUAUUCAGUGCCAAAAUAUUUAUAUUAGUAGCACCUCCUGAACUGUUUAUUCAUGUAGUUAUCCGAUAUCCAAGCUGGUUCAAGCUGAUAGGAAGGCUACGAUAAAUCAAGCGAGACCGUCAAUGACGGCGUAGCUCACUCUGGCCCCGUAGAGUCCAGAAGGAAAAGAUCUAAAGUGCGCAAUAAAUGUUGCAAGCUAUAUCCACCCUAGGAAUACCGACCUAUUUGCCAGAAAGAAUCCAAAACGGCGAGGAAUUGACCGAGAAGAAGCGAUUUUUGUUGAACUGCUCAUUAAGGCUUAAGUAGUCCAUCCAUCCAUUAUCUCUAGCCGCUUUAUCCUGUCCUACAG